AUGUCGAUCCAGGACUCUGCCGCCAACACUGCCGCCAUUGCGGCCGCUGUCUCAGAAGCACAGGCCACAAACGUUACCGACGCCCAGCCCGAGCAGCACGAGCAGCAGCCCACCGAGGAGGGUGCUGCUGCCGAGAUCGCGCCGGGUAAGCCUUUGUUUUUUAUACAGAGCAGCGCUGCCACAGCGCAAGAGACGGUGCAGGAUGUCAAGCAGGUGAUCAGCGAGAACCCGGAUACAAUCGAGUACUCGUGCUUCCACCUGACGCUGGACGGCCAACGGCUCAACGACUUUGCCGAACUGGGCGAGAUCGAGUCAUUGCAAAAGGACAGCAAGCUGGUCCUGGUCGAGGCGCCGUACACGGAGCGCGAGGCACGCCUGCAUGUUUCCCGCCUGCGCGAUCUGCUGGCUGGCCCUGUUGCUGCCAACCCGCCAGCCGCCGGGCUGGACGCUGGCCUGUCCCUGUUUUCAUCCAUCAAGUACCCGAACGGAAUUCCAGCUGAGCCGGUCUCGUCUCAGAGCGGCGAGUCGGAGUCUGACUCGGCAAAGAAGCCGAGCGGCAAGAAGCAGGGCAAGAAGGGCAAGAAGGCCAGCGAUGAGGAGGCCGAGGAGACCGAGGAGGACUCGGACGAUCACCCGAAGCCCAAGGUCACCGAGCACGCCUUCUCGGGGUUCGAGUUUGGUGCAAUCCCGCAGUUCGACAUUCUGUCCGGCGACCAGGCGGCCAAGAGCCUGGGUGUGCCGCAGUGCGUGCGGCAGCUGACGCUCAGCGGCUGGAACCCUGUGCCGCGGCACCGGCAGCUGCAGGGCGACCUGCUGUAUCUGCUGGUGGUAACGCUGGAGAGCCAGAACCUGCACAUCACGGCGUCGCGCGAAGGGUUCUACGUCAACUCGUCGAGCCUGACGCACUUCCACGCUGAGCCGUACGGCGAGUCGCACGCAGGGCAGCAGGGCGUGCGCGACGCCGAUCACUACAAAGCCCACUCGCUGGUGACGCUGCUGAAGCGCCUGUCGUCCAAGUUCUCGCAGGGCUUCGAUGCGCUGCAGCGCGAGAUGGCGCAGCGCGAUCCGGUCGAGGUGCUGCCGUUUGUGUCGGCGAAGCAGGCCGCGUCGCCGUGGUUGGCCCGCAGCGCGAACCGGGCGCCGCAGUCAUACGAUCUGGGCCGCCCGCAGGACCUGGCGCUGCGCCUCGGCAGCCAGGUGGCCGACUCCCUGCGCGACUGGAACGAGGAGCUGCAGAGCAUCCGGGAGAUGCCGCGCAGCAACCUGUCGGAGCGCGUGCUGCGCGACCGCCAGUUGCACAAGUGGAACUCGGAGUUCUGUGAUGCUGCUGUGCUGGGCGCCAUGGCUGUGGUGGAGGGCGACAUGCCGCCGCUCAACCCAACUGACGCCAGCGACCAGCACAUGUUCCUGCGCGACAACAUCUUCUUCAGCAAGGGCUUCGACGGCCGCGAGACCUUCACCGAUCUCGGUGGCGAUGCGGCUGCGCAUGCGGCCACUGGCAAGGACAUCACUGGUGUGCGGCUGCUGAACCAGCUCGACGUCGAGGGCUUGAACACGCUGGGCAGCGUUGUGGUUGACUACCGCGGCGUGCGCGUGGUUGCGCAGUCGGUUGUGCCCGGCAUCUUCCGCCGCCAGGAGACGACGCAGAUUGUCUAUGGAAGCGUCGACAACGGCGUCACAGUCGGCAGCGACGCUGAGUUCCACAAGGCCAUGGAGCCAGUGGCCAAGGCCCUACAUUUCGCCGAGCACGCGGUGGUUGACAAGGAGGGCAACGAGUCCCGUCUGUACACAUCGGCCGACGUCAAGGGCCUGGUGGGCACUGACGGCCGCCGCUAUGUGUUGGAUCUGUUCCGCAUGACGCCUGUCGAUGUCGAGUUCCUGGAGCGCGAGUGCCAGGAGGGUGGAGAGCUGCCCGCAUAUCCGCACAAGCUGGUGCUUCUGCGCCCUGAGCUCGUCGAAGUGUUCUGGGAGAACAGCAUCCGCAAGGCCGUGCAGGAGUACGCGGUCGAGAAGACCAAGGAGAUUGAGGAGGAGAAGAAGGCCAAGGGCGAGACCGAGGAGCCCAAGGAGGGCGAGGCCGAGGAGCCCAAGAAGGAGGGUGAGGAGCAGGAACCCAAGAAGGACCUGAUGGAGGGCUUCGACUUCAGCCUGGACUUCAGCCCUGACGCUUUCACACCGAUCUCUGCCCAGACUGCACAGCCCAGCGACGCCGACAAGGCGCUGUCUGACGCUGUGCGCGCGGCGUCAGUGUUCCUGCGUGACGUUAGCAUCAAGGCGCUGGUGCACGACCUGCAGUCGUACAACAGCUCGCCGCUGAGCGGCAGCACGCUGACGCAGACGAUGCACCAGCGCGGUAUCAACAUGCGGUACUUGGGUAUGGUCGCGCAGCAGCUGCCGGCUGACGUUGACGCGAUCCAGAACGUGCGUCGCCUGGUGGUACGCGAGAUGAUCACCCGCGCAGUCAAGCACAUUGCCCGUGAUCUGUUCCGUGCCACACCCACGCAUCUGCACUCGGAGGCCUUCGCACUGCUGGUCAACACCCUGGUGGGCGCGCGCUACAACAGCGAGCCAGCCAAGGAGCUGAGCACGCAGGCCCAGGCCGUGCCCGAGCUGACCCGCCUGACGCCUGCGUCGCUGGCUGCGCAGAUCCGCGCCCAGGUCACGCUGCGCUUCCGCUUCACGCUGCCCGAGGACUUUGUGGCCCAAUAUGUCACUGGCUACGAGCACAUUGUGUUGCGCGAGGUGUGCCUGAAGGUCGGCGCGCAGCUGGGCAUGCGCCAGUUCCGCUUUGAGCGUCCGGCCGAGGCCGACCUGCAUGCUGUGGCUGUGGCCCAGUUGGGAAUCACCGACAAGCCCAACAAGCAGGUCAAGCGCAGGAUCCGCGAGCUGAUCGACGCCGAGCUGGCGCGCCCGCUGACGGUGCUGCCCGAGGACGUGCUGAACUUCUCUGCGCUGACCAAGACAUCGACGCAUAACUCGACCUUCGCCGACGAGGCCUUCGAAGCCGGCCGCAUGUCACUGGAGCAGGGCCAGAAGGAGUUGGGCUUGGAGCUGCUGCUUGAGUCGCUGGCGCUGCACGAGCAGACAUACGGCUUCCUGCACGCCGAGUCGGCGCGCUGCUAUGCUGUGGUGUCGCUGGCGCACUACGACGCUGGAGCCAACGAUCUGGCGGCCGAGUUCAUGACACGCUCGGUGGUGAUCUCCGAGCGCACUGUGGGCCUGGACGACCCCUUCACCAUCCACAACUACCUGAACCUGGCGCUGUACGAGCAUGCGUGCGGCCACACUGAGAUUGCGCUGCGGUUCAUGCGCCGCGCCAUUGACCUGUGGGCGCUGGUGAACAGCCCCGACCACCCGGACCUGGCCACCGCCCACAACAACAUCGCGGUGAUGCUGCAGUCGCUGCAGCUUUACGACGACGCCCUGCCGUUCUUCAAGUCGUGCCUGGAGAUCCGCCGCCGCCUGCUGGGCGACAAGCAUGUGCUGGUGGCCAAUGCCCUGCACUCGCUGGCCAAGGCGUAUGCUGUGACCGGCGACUUCAAGCAGGCCGUCACUGUCGAGCGCGACGCCCACAAGUUCUUCAGUGAGACCUUUGGCGACGAGGACCCGCGCACUGUCGAGACCUCCCACUGGCUGGCUGAGUUCACCUUCAACGCCGUCAAGUCCGCAAAGCUGACCAAGGCUGCCCGCCGCCAGCUGCUUGAGGCUGCGACUGCCGCCAGCGCCUUGCAGAUGGACCGGGAGGGCAGCAAGGGCAGUGAUGCUGCCAAUGCGCCGGCCGGAUCCAAGGGCCAUCUGCCCAUUGACGACCUGCUCAAGUUCAUCACUGGAAGCUCGUCGGGUCAGCCCAAGCCCAAGGGCGGCCGUCGGGCCAAGGGACCCAAGGGCAGCCGUCGCUAAACAGUUCUUGAGAUCACUAAUAUGAAACUGCCUGUGUAUCCUUGAGAGUGGCUCAUCCGGGUUGUACGCCAUUCAUGCUAGGAGCCCUGUAAUGCCUAUGUUGGCCAGGAUAUGUGGAGCUGUGGGCUGUUCAUCCACCAGCAACCCAGAAAUCAGCCUGCAUCAGAUCACGGUAUCAGGCUGAUGCGAUUUCAUCUCGUAAAAACGCUUAGCGAUAACCGACUGUCCAUGCACUUUGCCCUCCAAUUCAGCCCUUCUACUCUUUUUGCAUAUUUUCCACGACAAAGGCACACGCGCGAGCAGCGGUGUUGGUUCCACUAUCCGCAUAGUCGAAAUUUCUGUCGCUCUGUGAGACAUUCAGGCGGAAGGACGGAGUGCGAGCUCGAGAGAAACCACAUACACACAGCUUUUUCUUUCAGCAGCCGGGAAGGGUGGUGUUUCCAUGCGGCAGCUGGGCACACUGCUUGCCACAUGCGCACA